AUGAAGUCUUUUUGUUUUGUUCAAGGUUCAGUAACAUGUCAUGGAAAUAUGAUAGAGAAUGCCAAUUGUCCUAGAGAUCAGUACAUGGUGGUCAAGACUGCAUCUUACCGUGGAUUGCCUGCCAUAAAGACAUGUGGCUUGAGUGAUGAUUAUAGUUGUGAAGCUGAUGUAACAUGUCUUAUAAAGAAACAAUGUGAUGGUCAACAUGAGUGCCGUGUAACUGUGGAUGACAACUUGUUCUCUGAAGAUUCAUGUUCUGAAUCGACAAAAUAUCUUUACUUUGAAUAUCAAUGUGUUAAUACAAUCAAGUCUUUCAGUAAAACUUGUGGUAAGUAAAUUAAGCCGCAUGGUGGCAGUGUAAAUGUUACGGUUACUAAUGCCAGAUAGCCAUGCAUAAAUCUUGUGUAAGAAAAAGGAAAUAUACAACCCAUGUAACCUUCAAUAAAGGUCUUAUCAUUCCUACCUACCUUCUUCUUUCCUCAAUUUCAAGAUCUUUUUAAACACACUUCAAUUACUCAUACUUAUAUCUUACACUAUGAUUCUUUUUAGCUCUGUUACCAAAAAAAGUGAACAAGUUGCAUUAUGAAUCUACGCUAUUUUAUAUAAAGAUGCUAUCUAACACAUUGAUAUCGUUUUUUCUAGCUCUGGUACCAGAUAAACCUAGAAACCUCACAGUCACUAACAUCAAGUCUAGAAGUGCUGAAAUAUCUUGGCUGGAUCCUAACCCUGGGAAUCCAUGGAUUCAAUUAAAUAUUACACAAUUUUCGAUCCAAGUGAAGAAAGAUGACGUACUUAUCCUCAGUGCUAACACAGGAAAAGUUUACAAAUACAAAUUAAGCGACUUCACUCCAUACACUAUGUAUGAAAUAUCCGUAGCUGCUGGAAAUACACAUGGUUUCGGUGAAGAGACGAAUACUUGGUUUCUAACAUCUGAAGAAG